UUUUCAUGUUGCUACUCGCUCUCGCUCUGUGCAUUUGUCCAGUUUAUCAAUUUACGAUCCGAGUCUUUUCUUUUCUUUCGACCUUAUUCAGCCAUACCUAUUAUCGUGAAAAUUAUUCAGAAUAAAUACAAGAAGGUCGCUGGAUAAUGCAAAUUUAUUUUUAUUUAAUGUCUUAAAGUUUACAAGCUCAUUCAUGUGGUGAUCUAUAGCAACGAAGCAUCACCAUGGCUAGUAAUCGGUUUGAGAAGAUUGGAACUAUUUAUUCUAGAAUAACUGGUUUACUUCGAGCAGGAGCCACCAAAUGGGAAAACAAACCACUCUGGUAUAAUGUUUAUCGUGCUUUUCCUCCACUAAAUGAAACUUCCUUUGGAUCACCUGUUCCCGACACACCAAUCAGGAAUAUAUUUUAUGCUGAAGACAAACUUAGAGCGAAAUUUCACAAGGAUUACAGAAUGCUAAGUGCUGUUCGGUUAGAUGACCGCUCCACUCCGAGUGAAUGUCAAACGUUCAUCCAAGAGUACAAAACGCUUGUAGAAGAGAAAGGCAAAGCAGAAAAGGAUGCCUACAGUGAAGCUUUUAGUCCAUUCCAGAAAAAAUUAAAGGCUGAGAUGAAGAAACAGCACCCUCCUGAGACAGAAGAAGUAGGCUUCGACUCAGAGGAGUCCCCAAGGUCUGAAGCCGCACCCCAAGAAACGCUGUCUGAGAAAGAUGCAAAAGAACUUUAUACAGAUAUUUUCAAGAAGUAGUGAUUUUUGUUAUCAUUAGACCAGAAGUUUGUAAUGCUGGAAAUCUCAUAAUUUCUAGUUUCAAUGGUUUGUUUUGUUUUAUAUUUUAUUUCUAAGCACAGUAACAGGGCUAAUUUUAAGUGACCGUUAAAGUAGACAAAAAUUAAGAUAAAUGAAUAAAUAAAAAUGAAAUUUUUUCCUACCAACAGCAAUUAUCUCAGUCCAAUGGAAUCAUCGCCCCGUCAAAUUAAGUGACACUGGAGAAUAACUUCUAUGAUCAUAUUUGCUGGACCAUCUAUCAGCUCUGCACAGUACCAUACAACAACCUAAGGCUUCAUCUACGUUUGCUAACUUGCCCCAAACUUUAUUCAAAACAGUUCAAGUAACUGAAUGCAGCCAGCUCAACAAAUAAUAUUCUCCCAAAUGAUUUUGCAAAAGUAAUGAGUCAUGAGCAAGGUUAUCCUUGGACUCAACAUGAGUUCACCCUGAGUUUACUAAAAAGAGAAUUUCCAGAUCACAGAAAAUAGGUUGAAUGAAAUGAUGCUAUCUAUUUUUCAGUGUAAGCCAGUUCGUAUAAAAAUAUUGUCAGAAAUAUCACCUGAAAGUAACACAAUAUUGUUGUCAUGCCUAAUAAAAAUCAAUGGAAAAUGU